AUGGACGACACAGUUUUAGUUGAGUUCCUUGUGUGUGUCAGCGGCCUCUGUGCUGUCGUUCCUCUGCAGGUCGUGGACUUGGUCGUCCGUGGUGUUACUCUGGAUAAGUGGAAUGUCAGUGGUCGGACUGUCUACAAGUGCCCAUCCACUUGCACUGUGAUCGGCUCCACUGUCAUCAGGUUUGGCGGCAAUGUGACCUCCGUCCCAAACCGCUGUGCUUACUCUCUGAUGUCACAUAUGGGUGUCCAGCUGGUGGCGGUCUUCAAGGACCGCCGGCGUAAAGACGUCAGUCUUCUGGACCAAGUGAUCCUGCACAAGUCGGGUGUCAGCAUUCACCUGGGACAAGGUGGAAGAGUUCAGGUGAACGGCACGGUGCUGAGCCUCAGCAACGUGCCUCAGCAGCAUCACGGCGUGAAACUCUCCAAGGACAAAACCGGAGUCACCGCCAUGUUCCCGCUCUCCAAGACUUCCGUCUUCUUUGAUGGUUACACCGCACAGAUCACCACGACAGGUGGAUCACCCAGCAUGCAGGGUUUAUGUGGCAACAGGACUCUGAGUGACGAGAAGUCGUCCAAUUCCAGCUCCUCCAGCUGUGAGGAUCAGCACAAGGAACGUAACAACACAAGCAUCAACUGCACCAUGGUGACUGAACGCUGUAAUGUCCUGAGGGAGGCGCCCUUCACCGCCUGCCACAACCUCACCGACCCAGAGCCCUUCAUCACCGCCUGCAUCAAGAAUCUGUGCAAAUAUCCAGCGGUGGACGGUUUCAGUCGGUGCCAGUUCCUGGAGGCCUACGUCGCCGCCUGCAACCUGCAGCCGUCCAACAACACCCUGCAGGGCUGGAGGUCAAAUGUCACCUGCUCCGCCCCCCAGGUCUUCUGUAACGACACCUUCUGCAGCGCUCAUGAGUUCUGCGCUGCCGACAUCAGUGGUAAAACCAGCUGCUACUGUCGGGCCAUCUUCGCCUCCAAAUACAGAUCAAAAAACACUUUAGGCGAGCCGACGGUCUGCGACCAGAACUCUGCCUCGGUCACCCUGGCCGGUUGUCUCCUGAACGAAAGAGGCGUCGACUACUCCAUGUUACACCUCAACAACAACAGCUGCAGAGGACAGAUGGACAGCCGCACCCACAUGGUGACCUUCAGCUUCGACAGCAACAACACCUGUGGGACGGUGGUAAUGGCCAACAACAGCCAGAUCAUCUACAAGAACGCCAUCAUGAAACAGAACAACACUGGCGUCAUCACUCGCCACGACCAAUUCCAGAUCGACUUCUCCUGCUACUACAACCAGCCGGAGAUCAAGACCAUGGCCUUCAAAAUCAAAGACAGCUCUGUGAUCCAGAAGAUCAUAUCUGGACCUUGGAAUUACACUCUGACCAUGAAGGCCUACAGCGAUGCCGGCCGUACAAAAGUCAUCAAUGCGAGCACCGAAAUCCAGCUGCAGGAGAAAGUCUGGGUGGAGCUGAAGACCGAGGGGCUGGACGACCAAAUGGUUGCCGUGGUGACUGACUCCUGCUGGGCCACCGACCAGUCGUCGCCCAACGGGAGUCUGAGAUACGACCUGAUCAAGAAAGGCUGCUCCAACCCAGCUGACGACACAGUGACGGUCAUCGGCAACGGACUGGGAACAUUCAACUUCUUCUCCUUCAACAUGUUCCAGUUCAGUGGGAAGAGUGGGGACAUCUACCUGCAUUGCAGACUCAACCUGUGUGUGAAGAGCAACAAAACCUGCGCCCCGAGCUGCAAUAAGAAAAAACGCAGAUCUGUCAGGUCUUUAUAUAAAGAUGAAAAUCCCGCCCUCAUCACCAUGGCUUGGACCAAUUAGUGGUUUCCAUGACGACUCGGACUGACUCACAGGCUGUCGACCUUCUGUGACUUUUGCUUCGUCCUGAUAAAGAACUGAACACUGAAUAGUGUCUUUAUGGAGGUUUAAGAAGGUUUAUAGAGGGCCAUCGGGGGACCCUUUGUUCUUGGGGGGGGCCCCGAAACAUUUGCAUGGUUUGUGUGUGUGUGUUUGUGCAGUAACUAAAUCACUGAUUAACAAAGGGGGUUUAAAGGGUUUGAUUUUCUGGGCUUUACUGUCCAUUUAUUGUGGUUUCUUUUGGAAGUAAAGGGAACUUUUUUAUAUUUUAACCAAAUGAAUAAACAGUAAAGAAGGUUUAGAUGUUCAGUCUGGGAAGAAGACCAUGAACAUGCUGAUUAUGUGUCCUGUUGGCUGAAGAGUGUAACUUCAGUCGAACCAAACCUGUAGCCUGAGUGACACAGACACUUACUGUUGUGCUGUUUCACCUUUAUUGUGUUUUUGUGUGUUGAAGCAUCAAAAAUAAUUGAAUAAAUAA